UGAUUCGACGAAAAACGGUGCGUGUCUCGCCCAGGAAUUGGCGGCAGCGCUUUGUUCUUGCGAGUGCGUUCCGCAGAGCUGGCGCCACCAUGGCCGAGUUUGUGGAGAUGAUCCUCGCCCAGCUGAUCGGCAACAUCUCGACGGCGCUGAUCCUCGUUCUCAUUUAUUUCAACUUUCUUCUGUUCGAGAACUACUUGCGGCUCAUUGUGUGGGCUAUCCUGUGCAGCCAGGCAUUGCGCCAGGCCAAGAAUAACGUCAUCUCAGUGCUGCAAUAUCUAAGCGAUGACACUGAUGUAGAACGCUACGUACGAACAAGAGAUGCAUGGAAUAAGUAGGGACAAAGUAUGGGAGGCUGACAAAUCUGUGGCUGUACUGGUAUGACUGCAGGGCUUCCUGACGUGCGUGUUCUCCAAGUCGGCAGAGAUCUUCAUCAGUCAUCCGCAUGAUGGCUCGCGUCGCACGGCCAAGGAGAUAUUUCUCAACUACGGCAUCUUCCUUUUCUCGCUCAUUGGUGCCGUGUCCAUUUGGAUGCGCAUGUACUCAUGGAUGUCAUUCCUGAAUGUCAUCAUCGGCUUCUGGAUCGCGGCACUGAGUCUUAUCAAGAUCCUAGAUCGACGUAUAUUCUACUACCGCUACUUCUUUUCAGACGAAGUACUCGUAUCAGUCCUGCUCAUCCUCGGCUUCUUCAUCACGGUAAUAUUUAUCAGUUCAGAAUGGUGCUAGUGAUUAUAUAUUGUUAAUAUUUUGUACUCACCUUUUGGUGAUGUCAGGGCGCGUUCGUCAUCCUCUUUCUCGGUUCCGAGAGCUAUCUAGAAGGAAGUCGCGCUGCUACGGAUUUGUCCGACUGGGUCCAAGUUAACUUUAUUAAUGACGAGCGUACACGACAAGUGUGGAGCGAGCAGGUAGAGAACAGCCGUGCUAUGAUCUCACAAGCCGUCAGCGGUGUCGAGGACAAGUACAACGAUACAAUGUGGUGGCCACCAUUGAAAGGUUUGGUGAAGACGUAUUACCUGGACGCCAAGUCUAGUGACGGGAAUGUUACAACGCAUACGUCGCUCUUCUCCAGAUUGCGCCUUCCCGAAAACAUGACACUGGUACAAGCGGUGUCUUUCGCGUAUGCAAAGGUGGAUUCAGUGAACUUAACGUCGGUGCAACUCACCGACUGGACGUCCAAGGGGCUAGAAGUUAGCAGCAUUGCCGUGGGGUCUGUGGCACAAUUGGUGUUCCUAGUCUUCACGCUGGUGAUUGCGUUUGUGAGUCUCGGGAUCCGAUCGUUUUUCUUCAUUUCGUCGCUAUUUUAUCUGCUGUGCACAAAUUGGGAUCCGAUCGAGAGGUUUGUCGAAGAUCUACUACCCAUUCAAGUCGAUAAACGACCAGACGUCGUCAGAUCUCUCCGUAAGGUGAUCGAGGGCGUCUUCUUUUUGCCACUGAAGAUGGCAAGUAUUCACGCGAUUGUGACAAUGGUCUCGUUCACAAUUGUGAAUGCUGACUUCAUGUAUCUCGCGACGACAGUCACUUUCUUCAUCUCGAUCGUGCCGAUAAUUCCUCCGUAUUUGGUAUGCGUCCCAUGGGUCAUCUCGAUCGGACUGACGUCUUCCAUCGUGAAGGCGCUUGCUCUCUUUGCGGUUCAGUACGUGGCUUUCACAGUGCUGGAUGAGAUGCUCUAUGAAAAGAGUAUCGUGGCACUGAAUGCCUACGUGUCCGCCUUGAGUGUGGUCUUCGGCGUCUAUGUCUUCGGGUUUGAGGGUGUCAUUUUCGGCCCGUUGAUCGUGUGUGGAGUGACAUUUGCAUACGAUGUGUCGAACCACGGUAUUCAAGCUGCGCAAGACGAGUACGGCAAAUCUGAUGACGCAAGACAAGACUCUCUAUUGGACGGAAGCGAUGCAGAAGGAUCGCAUAGUACUGCCUCCUCACUUGACGGGUACGAACGCGAAAAAGAGAAAAUUUCCAACAACCAAUCGGAGGACGAAGAGAUUGACCAGGGUACCAACAUUUUCUCGAAUGCGAUGUACCGAGUAAUCUCGGGUCCACUGGUGGAUCGAGUGCGUCGUCGUCUUUCAAUUGACAUCGCCACAGAAGGAUCCGUUUGCGUGACCUUUGUCAUUGAAGGCUUGAGAAACACUCGAAAAGUCCGCUUCGUGGUGAACAAAUCAUGGUCUCAGAAAACUCUUUACGAUAAUAUCCGCCGUAUGCUCCACGUCCAGAGCAUCGAAUAUAUCUGUACCGCGGACGGAGUAGAAGUGUUGUCUCCACUCCACAUUAUGGCCGAUGAAGUGCUGUAUGUGAAGGUCCGAUCAAAACACCGCUUGCACCUGUAUUCAGACUCCUACUCGGACUCACCGGCACGAGUCCCCUUCCCGGUUCGCAGCAUUCGAACAAGCAUUACCUCCCUUUCAGGUAAUCACGAUAAAUCUCCCCGGAAAAACACUGGAUCUUCACCUCCUAGUGCAAAGCUGAAACGAACGGGAUCGUUAAGCCCUACAGUCGGGGUCGCACACGGCGCCACCGCGGCUCAACGUCAGGUUCACGAAAUGUUGCAGCGCAAGAGUGGAGGAACGACAAUUCAAUAUGAAGGGGGUGUAAAGAGGAGAGGAAGUUACAGCGGUGUUACUGGGAGCUCCGUUCACCAUCCAAUCGUUCCAAGAUCGAUCAGUAACUCGUCUGCACGAGUUUCACAGCCAGUCCCGAGCCCAUUGGCUGUCAAAGGUUUAGCUUCAUCGACAUCUUCGUUAGCGCAAGACUACGAGUUUUUGUCACUCAACGAAAGCUACCACACUUCAGGCAAAGAGAAAACACCUUCAAAUGACGGUGAAGAGGGCGCAACCAAUGCGGAUGCUAGCACGGACGCGAGUAGCACGCUGGAUGUGCCAUCUCCCACCAGCGUGAAGAAAGGAAAACCGAAGCUGAACUUCGUGGACUUGAGCGACUCAGGAAGCUUUUCGACAUCGCCAGUAUCAUGCGAUGCCCGAGAUUCCUUCGGUGGCCAGGAUGAUGACAACAAAGCAGGGGAAGAAAGAAACGAACCUACAACCACAGGCGAGAGCGAAGCAACUGAAGCAGCAACAGAAGUCAAGCCGAUGGCGAAAGCGAAGCGCAAGGUUUCGUUGAAGGCACGUCAAGCCGCUGAGCUGAUCUUUUCGCCACUUGCAGUCGACCCGAAGAAGGUGAAAGAAAGAAGCUACUCGUCAUCAGAAGAGAGUGGCGAUGAAGACAAAGCGCAGGAUAAAUGAGAAGAAAUACCGUCGACCACUGGGAUGCAUGCAUGAUUUUAAAUCCAAAUAAAUGUUCGAGACGUGACAACUACUAA